AUCCUCAAUAAAUUAUGGCGUCUUGGUGGAUGAAGAUUGUCGUUCCGUUUUUGUUUCUCUUACUUGCUUUCAGUUAUGCAACAGGUUAGUACCUUUAACAUAUUUUGAUACUAUCAAAUUUAUCCUUCAUUGAGAUUGAAGCCUAAAAUUUUAUCUAGACCUUAAACGCGCACUGUCAAGUCACGAAGUGCCAAUUACACGUUCUAAGCUUUAUAAGCUUAAUUUUAAACCUUCUUUACUAAAAACUUUGUACUGUUUUGAAAUACAAUACUUCUCUAGUAAUACCAAUUUCUUUUUAGUUAAUUAAUCUUUCCUUUUUAAGUGGUAUUACUGUUUCCUAAAGUUUUGUGAUCUACUUCUAAUCUGUAUUUUCAAACUUGAGAUGUUUUAUCAGUUGCACCUGCCAUGUAUGCAUCGAUCCUAGACCUCGAUGAAUUAUUGUAAGCUUUGACAGUUUUAAGAACUUUCAAGAAAACGCCAAAAGACUGUAAUGCAAGUGUUCGAACUGCGUGGACACGAAACGAAUUAAUUCUAUAUGUUAGAACGCCUUGUCGAGUUCUGUCAAUUUUCUUGCUAUAUAAGCGUGUGGUAUUUGCCCCAUUCUGAGAAAUGUUGAUGUAUUAUUAAUUUUAUACCAGGUACUAAUGUUAUUGUUUUACAGUAGAGUCCUUUGUUGCUGUUUGCAUUAAUCUUUUAUUGAAUAUGAAAUUUUUGAACAUGGAAACAGUGAAAUUAUCUAAUAAACUCAUGAUCAAUGUGAUCUCUUAGCUCUUAUGAAAAUAUAUUUUUGUCCUAGAUUUGUGCCUGAGAGUUUGAAGGAUCAGGAAAACUCACAAACAAUGCACAAUGCUGUAGCAGGUGCAGGAAGAACACAGUCUCACCAUGUAACCAUGGCAACCAUCAGUGGAAAAUGUUUAAAAAACAUACUGAAACUAAAAUCUUAUUGUUGUAGUUAAAUCUAGCAGUGGGAGCUCAAUUUAAACUGAGUGGGAAGGGGUGGGGGUAGAGAGGGGUGGCUUUCUGCUAAACUGCUUACAAGUAAAUAUUCAUUAUUCAUUGUUUUGUCAGGAUCAGUACCAUGUGAGGAUCACCAUCCCAAAUGUGGUCACUGGGCAGCGAGGGGUGAAUGCAAGAAAAAUGUCAAGUGGAUGUCCAAGCACUGCAAAGUAAGCUGUGGCAAGUGUUCUCAAGGUAUGCACCCUGGGUUUACUGUAAAUACAUGAUAUCUGUGGAGAGGAACAAAAAUUUUGGACUUGGAUAAUUUAUCUGAAUUUGUUUAUAAAUAUCCACUCUGUAAAUUCAUUUUAUUUUAAGUGACAGACGUUAUUUUGCUGUUGUAAAACUAUUGUAGCACGGAGAAUCUAUGCCCUGGACAUAUAUCUUGGCUGUAAAUGUGGUAAUAUUUUUUUUUUUCUUGCAGCUAAUGUUUACGAGCUCUCUAGACAGGCUUUGCUAGAAACGCAUGGUAGCUUUCUGAUUCUUUUUAGUAUCCCAAUCAUAGUAGUGGUGGGAGUUGUCAUCAGGAUAUACUUUGAAGGACCUUCAUGUCCAAGUUCUGCCAAACUAACAGGUACCUUUCUGCAAGUGGUGUUGUACACAGUCAAACCUGUGUACAAUGGUCACUCUUGGGAAAUGACAAGGUGACUGUUAUAAUACAGGGUGACUGCUACAUGUAUAUACAGGUCAACUUUUCAGUGGAAAAUAAAAAGAAACUGAAAAUUUUGGGAAGUUGUCUCGUGACCGUAAUAUACAGGGUGACCACUACAUACAGGGCCGCUAUAUACAGAUCAACUCUGCAGAAAAUAUAAGACAACUGAAAAUUUUGGGAAGUUGUCCGUGUUGACCAUAUUAAUAAUUAUACAGGGUGACCGCUAUAUACAGGUCAACUUUGCAGAAAAUAAAAUUCAACUGAAAAUUUUGGGAAAUUGUCCAGUGACCAUAAUAUACGGGGUGACUGCUACAUACAGGGCCGCUUGCUACAUACAGGUUUCGCUGUACUUUACUACAGAGCCCUCCUACCACUAAGUUUAUUUUUUUGUUUGUUUCCAUUUUUGUUUGGUAGAUUUAAGAUAAAUUAAUAAAUUUUACGCCUUGUCUUUUGUAUGAGAUUAGGUACAUAAACUCCACAUAACCCCCGCAGCUCACUUCCACAUUUUUCUAAUCCCUGUUCAUGUGUCAGUUUUAUUAAGUUUAAUACAGUCAAACCCUCCCGGGGGGGGGGGGAACUCCCCAUAAGAAAAGGGGUGGGGAUGCUCGUCGGAAAUUUUAAAUUAAACCCCUAGAGAAGACCGAUCUAGGCGUGGCCCAAGCAUUUUUUGACCCCUAAAAGAGACGAAAAAAAUAUACAUAUCAAAUAUAUAUUUUUUUAUUAUAUGGAGGAGAAUGUUUUACUGGGAACUAAACCACUCGUAGAUUCCAUACGCCACUUCAUCCGGGACCCAAGUGGCGUAUUUUCCGUAUGUCACCUUUGUGAGUGUCGUAUCGUUCAAUGACGUCACGAUUCCCGCCUUUUGCUUUUGUUGAAUUGGUUUCUCCAUAAAAUAAAAAGAACAUUACACGGUGGCGAGAAGAUAUGAAUUUUAUGUUCUCGUGGCAAGAACAAUAUCUCACUCGUUCGCUUCGCUCACUCGUGAGAUAUUGUUCUUGCCACUCGAACAUAAAAUUCAUAUCUUCUCGCCACCGUGUAAUAUCCUCUAUAUAUUUUUUCACGUGCAACCCUAAACGAGACCUUCACGGCUAAAUAUGAUGGUGUUUUGCCCAGAACACCCUAAGUGAGACCAAAAUCCAAAAUUUACACCCCUAAGCGAGACGACAAGCAUCCCCACCAUUUCAUAUGCGGAGUCCCCCCCCCCCCCACUAGGGGUCAAACCUCUCCACAACAGCCACCUUGGGGACAGAAGGAAGUAGCCAUGGUGGAGAGGUUGUCAUUAACAAUUUUUUUAGGGAGUACAACAUGCUUAUUGUGCUAAGUUUAUGCUUACUGCAUCUCAUAAUGGUAAUCCAAUCAUAUAUAAUAAUAUAGAGAUAAAAUACUCAAAAAACUUUAAUAACGUUUUGAAUCAAAAUGUUAAUGUGACAAAACAAGCAAGGUUCACAACAUUGAGUAUAAGUAUCAUGGACAAUGUUUAAAAUAUGCUUACUGCAGCAGGAUAAAUGGAAAAUCGACUGAAAUGUGAUUGCCACGAUUAAUCAUCAAUGCACCAUACAGAUCAAAUUUCAUGACCAUCCUUUAGUCGCUGAAAAAACUGGCCAUUGUCGAGAGGUUAUUUUGGCAAUUUGGGACAUUAUUAGUGGCCGUUGACGUUGUAGAGAGGUUUAAACAAGAGUCAAUGUGUAGACUGUCCACCGGGACAAAAGGAGUGGCCAUUGUAGAGACGUGGCAGUCGUGGAGAGCUAGCUGUUAGUGGAAGUUGGACUGUAUUUUUUUUGUUAUGUGGCAAUCAAGAAACUCAGCUGAAAUUGAAACUUGAACUUGUUUCAAGUUUGAAACAUAAAACUUGCAAAAAGGAAACAAAAAGAUCACUGUCAUUUUUUUCCUCCUUCAGGAGGGUGCUAGGGUGCCACGUGAUAGUGAUGGCCGUUCAAGUCUAUUUGACAGGCAACAGUUAUUAUGUGGGUAUGUUGGUUCUCACCUUAGAUCCAAGAUCUCCGGGUACUCUGGUUUUUCCUUCUUGUCAGAAACCAAUGUUUCCAAAUUCCAGUUUUAUGGCUGAUUUGAACCCCAGUGGUGGACAAAAAGAACCACAAUUUGGAUGUGCCACAAUAUGUAUCUCAUGUUGCUGAUAAUGUUGUAAAGUAAAAGUCCUUUUUUUGUCAUGUUAAACUUGUUUUUUAAUAAUUUCACCCUUAGGCAAAACUGUAGUGAUAACCGGAGGCAACACUGGUAUUGGAAAGGAAACAGCUCGGAUAUUGGCAUGGAGAAAAGCAAGGGUUAUCCUAGCCUGUCGAAACAUCACAAAGGGAUUACAAGCUGCCGCUGACAUUAUAGAAAACACUGGAAAUAGAAACAUAGAAGUGAAAAAGCUGGACUUGUCUUCAUUCCAGUCUGUUCGAGAUUUUGCAGAAGAAAUUAAUCAGCAAGAAGAAAGAGUUGACGUUUUGAUUAACAAUGCUGGUUACCUGGGGCCUUUCACGUCAACAGUUGAUGGGUUUGAUAAUACUAUUCAAGUAAACUAUCUGGGUCAUUUUCUGCUGACAAACCUCUUGUUGAAUAAACUGAAGGUUAGUUCACCCAGCCGCAUAAUAAAUGUAUCCUCUGUGCAACACACACAGGUGUCAUCGCAAAUUGAUGUUGAUAAAGUCCUCUCUCAAACCAAGGAAGGGCAUCCUGGAUAUUUCCAUGACUAUAACAUCAGCAAACUGUGCCAGCUUCUUUUCACAUUGGAGUUAAGCAAGAGAUUACAAGGUAAAUAGGCAGGUUAUAUUUGUAUAAACUAGUUGUAAGCCACCAAGAAAUGAUUAAUAUUAUUGAGCUAUUGAACCUGUUUAGCCCAUCCUAAACUGCCCCCCCUUGUGGAUCCUGUGAUGUCAGCAGUUUUGACAUCUAACCACGUCCCACCUCCUAACAGAAUGAACAUGAUUUGCAAAACAAGCCAGAGAAUAAUGCACAAAACCACUUAAAGUUGAUCCAAAAAUGAAGUAAAAAUCUUGUUCCUAAAGAUUUCCCCCAGAAUUAAGUCUAGUCAAGAGACUAUAAAGGGGACAGAGAGGCCAUCCCCCAUAUACACCCUAUUCCAUAGGUAAUUCGUCUCGAGUUAUUUUUAGAACCGCAGAACCCAAGGGGGAUUGGACAACAGCCAAUCACAUAGCGCGAAUGUAUUCCGCGUGGACGACCCACGCUAGAGCCACGCGUCCUCCACGAAUUGACGCGGAACAAAAUGGGGGAAGACGCGGAGAGCGAUUUUGCUAUUCCUUUUGUCGACGAAAACGACUACAGCGAGAUUUCUGCGAAAGCUGUGUCAGCGAAACCGAAAUUAAAAAAGAAUCGCCCUUCCUCUCUUGUAUAGAGCUAACAGUAGAGCAGGGAAAUCCUUAACACACUGAAUAUUCUCUCAGGAUCAUUUAUAAUUUACAGUUUGAAGAGAGCAAUUUCUGGUUUGAUGUUUAUUUUUUUCAGUCUUUAUAGCGAUUAUUCCUACCCACUUACUUUGUCAAUUGUAGGCGAACCCUCCUAAAGCUGAAUUUCAAGGGACCAUAUUCAAGCUCAGAAAGAGAAAUAAAAUUUCGUCGUUGCUUAUUUACGUCCUCCAUAAAACGCGAAAUUAGGCAUUUUCACGUCGUAGUCGUGCAAAAACGGGAAAGAAAUGAACAAAAAAGUGUGUUGCACGUGCGAAGUUGUUGUUUUGCUAAUUAAACCUAUUGUUUUUUUGACGUUCUAGUUGUCGUCCGCGUCGUUGGAUCUUAAACUCCCUAAAUUGUACAAACGACCGGUUUCAAUAGACCGGCGAAAUUUCUCAUUUUAUUAAAGCACUGAGGUUACGACAACUUCGAGUUAAACUGAUUUCACGGGUUGUCAAAGAGUCCAGCGAUUCCUUUUUCCCAGGUGAGCGCCGACUCAUUUCGCUUCAAUAUUCAGGAAUGCUCUCGAUCUUUUUACGCUUUCAUUGCCUCUCGCCCGACAUGUUUUGCACGGCGUUUGGUCAUGCGAAACCUCCACGAAACAUCCACGCCUCGCGCGAGGUAACUUCAUCCCGAUUCUAAAAAUAACUCGAGACGAAUUACCUAUGGAAUAGGGUGUAUAUGGGGGAUGGCCUCUCUGUCCCCUUUAUAGUCUCUUGGUCUAGUAAAUGCCUAGAAAAAAGGAAAAAAAAAAACAGUUAGAAAGACAAAAGAGGCAGGGAAGAGAGAAACCGAAAGGUAGAAGUCGAAAUUUUCCCUUGAUCUGUGUAUGCCCAAACUUCGGAAACUGGAAAUAAGCAAUAGAAACAGAAGAAAGUGCAGUGCUCACGCAACUGGUGAACGCGUUACUGGGCAGCAUCUCCCCCCCCUCCCCCCCUCCCCACCUUUUUUUUCCUGCCCGAUAGUGAACAAAAACAGCUUUAAACUGUGUUUUUGGGCAAAAUUUCUUGAGGGCGAUUGGGUUAAAACGUGAUAGCUGUUAAGUGAACACUAACUACCCCAUACAGUGCGCUGGCAAGUUAAUCCAUGACAUUCAACAACCUUACUAUUCUACAAGUGCAACAUGGUUCACUAUGUGCAAGCAGAACCCUAUUUUUAAAGUCUGCUAUAAAAAAGGCGAUUAUCCUAUUUUAUCUCAUCAUCAUCAGGUACAGGGGUAACCGUGAAUGCCCUUCACCCAGGAGUUGUUGACACCGAAAUAAUGAGACACUUCCGCAUUGCAAGGACGUGGAUUUUUCAGCCAAUUCUCUGGAUUGUGAGCUAUUUCUUUUUCAAAUCAACAAAUUCUGGAGCCCAGACCUCUGUGUACUGUGCAGUGGCCGAGGAACUAAAAGAUGUGACUGGAAAAUACUUCAAAGACUGUAAGAUGACAGAGUGCAGUGCUUUAGCAAAAGAUGAACAGGUGGCAACUGAACUGUGGAAGAAAAGUGAACAAAUAACUGGACUAAAAAAACAUGAACAGUAAUUCACAGAUUUUGUAGUCUUUUCUCUUUCAUCACCGUUCACGGUUUCGAGAGGCUUUCUAUUUUUACCAAUAUAGAGACCUUAGUAGAUUCUAAGGGGCCGACCAUUUAACUCUUGAGGGAGGGGGAGGGGGGUGAUUUUGAAAAAAAAUUUCCUGCAAGUGCUUGUCGGAAGAAAAAAUUGCAUGCAGCACAAAUGUAAUAGAAAGCUUAUAGGAAAAAAAUGCGAAAAAGACCAGAAAUCACCCACCCCUCCCCUCAAGAGUUAAAUGGUCGGCCCCUAAGACGAGGUCGACCACGAGGACGAGAUUUUUGUAAUAAUAAGUAGUGCGCACGCGUGACAGGGAGCUUAAGCAACGACGACGGCAACGGCAAGGAGAACGGCAAAAAAGCAAUAGGUUUGGAUUGACAAAACAACAACUUUGCGCGUGCAUCACACUUUUUUGUACCUAUCCUUCCGGUCGUUGCACGGCUACGACGUGAAACUUCCUGUUUUCACGUUUUAUGUGGAACGUGAACUUAAGUCUCAUUUUCUUUUUCAAACUUAGAAUAAGACCUUUAAAACUUAAUUCUAGAAAAAUCCGUCAACAUUUGACAAACUGAACGAGAUGUAAUAAUGGCACUGAAGUUUGAAACAAUGCGAAUACACUUUUUUGGUGACGUUUUGUUUACCACAUGCUCCUGGUUUUAGCGAAAAUGUGUGAGUGUGGAAACAAGUUAUCAAAUGUUAGAAGUUUUAGUUUGUCAUGGGGAAAGGGCUUAACGUCCUUCAAUAAUAAUAACCGUGUUACCUCACGGUUAAAUUUUCUGGUGAAAAAAAAAUGUAAAAAUGAAACUUUCUGACCUGGCUUUUUUAGAAAACGCGGGAAAACGUUAAACUAGUCUCGUCCUCGUGUCGUCUGCGAAUCUAAGUCAUCUAAAGGUCUCUGUUGUUUGCGGUAGGUAUAAAACCUGUUCCAUUUCUUCUUCAGUUUUUACAUCUCUUACCAGAAUAUUGAACUUUCUUAUCAAAUAUCGUAAUGUAACACUGCUCAAUGUAAAUUGAAAUUUCUAACACAAUCAUUGGGCUUUUUUGGUGAUCAAAAAGAACAUAAAAGUUUUCACUUGACGUGACAAGCGCGAUUAAUUUUAAAUUAUAAGGAAG